GUGGCGGCGGCGGCGGUCGUGGCGGUGGAGGUCGUGGCCGAAAAGGCGGUACUCGUUUUUCGGGUGGCCGUGGAGGCAGCGGCGGCCCAGGGGGCGGCGGCAGGAACGAUGGGAUGAAAAUGAGUGAUUCCAUGGAUGGAGGCCUGGAUAAUUCUGAAAGCAUGGGUGGUGGAAUGGGUGGUGGGAUGGGUGGCGGGAUGGGUGGCGGGAUGGGUGGCGGGAUGGGUGGCGGGAUGGGUGGCGGGAUGGGUGGCGGGAUGGGUGGUGGCAUGGGUGGCGGAAUGGGUGGCGGAAUGGGUGGCGGCAUGGGUAUGGGUAUGGGUCGCGGUGGUGCAAUGCGAGGAAGUGGAAGAGGAGGAGGUCGUGGCGGUGGUGACAGAAACAUGGCCAAUAGAUCACAAGAUGAUCGAUUGAUGGAACGUGUCAUGGCUGUUAGUGGACCCACUCAUGAGCUUCCACCACAGGAUACUACAGAAAAAAAGUUUAGUGGCCGGAAUCGUUUGUACGUUGGAAAUUUGACAAACGAUGUGACCGAGGAAGAAAUACAGACCAUGUUCCAAAAAUAUGGAGAAAUAUCCGAGUUGUUUGUGAAUAAAGAAAAAAGUUUUGCUUUUCUCAGAUUGGAUUAUAAAGCAAAUGCUGAUACGGCUAAGCGCGAACUAGAUGGCUCAAUGCGCAAAGGUCGUGCGUUGAAAGUACGCUUUGCUCCUCAUUCAUCGACAAUCAAAGUAAAGAAUCUAACGCCUUGGACAUCUAAUGAACUCCUUGAAAGAGCCUUUAGUGUCUUUGGCGAAAUCGAGCGUGCAAUAGUUAAAGUUGACGACAGAGGUAAAACCACUGGCGAAGGAAUAGUUGAGUUUUGCCGGAAACCAUCUGCUCAGUUAGCUCUGAGAAAGUGCACAGAGGGUUGUUAUUUCAUUACAGCUUCCCUUCGACCAGUAGUUGUUGAGCCAUUUGAACAACAAGAUGAUGUGGACGGUUAUCCUGACAAGAGUUUACCACGCAAAAAUCCAGAGUUUUUCAAAGCGCGUGAGAUCGGGCCACGCUUUGCACAAUUAGGUAGUUUCGAACAUGAAUACGGUACAAGAUGGAAGCAAUUGCAUGAAUUAUACAAGCAGAAAGAAGAAGCACUCAAACGAGAAAUGGCAAUGGAAGAAGAGAAAUUGGAAGCCCAAAUGGAAUUCGCUCGAUAUGAACAUGAGACAGAACUUCUGAGAGAACAACUGCGCAUGCGCGAGGCGGAUCGCGAAAGACAGAAGAGAGAAUGGGAAAUGAAAGAGCGACAAGCAGAAGAGCAAAGGACUCGCGAAGAAGAAUUAAGACGACGUCAACAAGAAGAAAUGGCGAUACGUAUCCGAAGACAGGAAGAAGAAUUGCAUAGGCGUCAACAGGAAAACAAUUUGUUCAUGCAGGAACAAGCAAUUCGCAGUGGUGGUGGUGGUGGCGGCAAAAGUUAUGAUUCUGUCAGUAGCAAUGAUCGUGAUGGAUAUGGUCAACCUGAUGGUGGAAGCGGCAUGCCAGUGGACCCAAAGUCAUUUAUGGACGCAUACAAUAUGGAUCGCGGUAGUCGAGGGGGUUAUAAUGACGAUCGUGGGCAAAUAAUGGAUUUAAUGGAUAUGAGGGUUGAUAUGGGAAAUAUGGGUGGUGGUCGUGGAGGUAGCGGAGGUAGUGGACGUUGGCAAGGAAAUGACCGAAAUCGCCCGGAUGAUUAUCCCACCAAACGUCGACGAUAUUAA